AUGUUUUUAUUUCUACUUUCAGGAGAAUCGGACAAAUUGAUGCGUUCGUCCCCGAUUACCACAGAUGAUAUAAAAUCAGUUCAUAAACGCUCCCGGCAGAAAGUAGCAGAGUGGUUCAGAAAAGCUGAUGAGCUGCUUAAAGGAAAUACCUCCAUCGUUAAUGUCACUGCACCAAGUUAUGGACAUCAUUUGUCUAUGGUGAUAUAUGACGAGCGAGCUCAGAAGUUAGGUGAAGGUGGCCUCCUCAACCUCUUCGCUGCACAAGAGCUCAAGUCACGGCAGGCGAUAUCAGACGAUGAACUAGCGCUCGGCCUUACUGACCAAACGGAUGGACCCUUUUGCCCGCCAUUACCAAACUGUCCAGCGGCUGCUAGCCGCUACAGACCUUUGGGAGGGGAGUGUAACAACGACCAGAACCCAACCUGGGGCGCCAUUAACACAGGCUAUGAAAGGCUCUUGCCUCCAGAUUACAGUGAUGGUAUUUGGGCCAUGAGAACAUCAGUCGUUGGGCUUCCUUUACCCAGUCCGAGGACAGUGAGCCACAGCCUACUCCUGGACGGCAGCCACCCCAGUCGCACACAAAACCUGAUGUUUAUGCAGUUUGGACAGUUUAUAGCUCACGACAUAAGUGCCGGUGUCGUCUUCACUCUGGGAGACAACAAACCGAUCGCGUGCUGCUCCGGUGACGGCGAGUAUUCAAUCCCCGCAGACCAGCAGCACUGGGCAUGCGCUCCCAUUGAGAUCGAUACCAACGACUCCUUUUACGGCCGCUUCCACCAUCGCUGCAUCAACUUUGUCAGGACGCAGUUAGCGCCAGCCCGUGAUUGUUCCGUUGGAUAUGCGAAGCAGAUGAACGGCGCUACCCAUUACCUAGACUUGUCGCAUCUUUACGGGAGUACAUCAGAGAAACUGGAAUCUUUAAAGGCUCCAGGUGGCCUGCUCAGGGUGUUCAACGAUUACGGUCGAGAUCUUCCUCCCACUACUGACAGGAAGGAAUGCGUGACUGUUAAAGAUGGUGCCGCUUGCUUUGAUUCAGGUGACAACCAUGCAAACCAAGUUAUAUCCCUUACGGUUCUGCACACCAUUUGGACAAGGGAACAUAACCGUGUUGCGAGGGCCCUAUCCCGAAUGAAUCCGAUCUGGACCGAGGAGAGAAUAUUUCAGGAAACGAGGAGGAUACUGCAAGCUGAGUUCCAACACAUAAUUUACAAUGAGUGGCUGCCUUUAUUAUUAGGUCCUCAACUCAUGCAACUAUUCCACCUAUACCCUGCACGAGGAUACUCAGCAGCGUAUGACCCUCAAGUGAAUCCGUCUCUGACUGCCGAGUUCUCUACGGCGGCAAUGAGAUUCGGUCACUCCAUUGUCGAUGGGAAGAUCAUGAUCCCCAGUCCGAGAAGUGGCGACAUGUAUGAGAUGAUAUCGUUACCAGAAAUCAUGUUCCAACCAUCAAGGCUGCGACUAGUGCCAUUUCUGGAUAGACUAUUAAUUGGUCUAUCAGUGCAACCCAUGCAGUCAGUUGAUCCGUUUGUUACAGAGGGGUUGACCCAGUACAUGUUCCGAGGGGUGAAUCCUUUCGGCCUGGACUUGGCUGCUAUCAACAUCCAGCGUGGCAGGGACUAUGGUGUGCGUUCCUAUAACCACUACAGAAGACUCUGCGGCUUGGAGCCAUUCACCGACUUCAAACAAUACAGUCCCAUGGCUGCCCAGCGCCUCUCUUCGGUUUACAACAGCCCUGAGGACGUUGAUUUGUGGAUCGGUGGCCUAUUGGAAGAGCCAGUAGAAGGUGGUGUAGUUGGUGCGACGUUCGCACAAAUGAUUGCAGAUCAAUUUUCGAGGCUCAAGAGAGGAGAUCGCUAUUUCUACGAAAACGGUCCUGAUACCAAUCCAGGAGCAUUUACUUCAAGUCAGCUAGCAGAGAUCAAAAAAGUCACAUUUUCUAGAUUAAUAUGCGACAACAGAGAUGGUGUGGAAUUCUUAACCCAGUCACCGAAUGCUUUUCUAAGAGCAGAUUUACCUGGGUAA